AACGUCCACUUUUGAUUUGCAUCUUACUGCAAGUAAGCUGUAUCAAAAGAUCAUCCCCAACCAUGGGAGCUAUGCUAACAAAAUUGAACUGUUGUAAAAAUUGCAGGAAAUCAAACAAGGUUCACCCAACAAGGAGAUCAACUAACUUUGUUUUGGAUGAACCGUCGCGACAAGAAGAUCGAACUUCAAUCGAUAUAAUCAAAGACUUAACAGACACUGGAUUCAUCACACAGAAGACAGGAGGGGUUAAAUUUUCUGUAGACUUAUUUCAUACCAGUCAUGAAUCAAAAACACCCAGACGACUUCCGCCCUUAGUUUGUCCGGAAAGACAAAAACUUAAAAAAGCAGACACCACGUUAAAACAAGGAAACAAUAUCCAAUAUGACAGAGAAGAGAAAGACCUAAUGACAGAAAUAAGGAGAAACGGGGCACUGGCUGAAAAGGGCAAUACUGCAAGGAAGAGCGAAGAGCGAAGAAAAGAGGUGAUUGCAAGAAAAGACGCAAUCAUUAAAAGAAAAAUUAGCAAAACAAAAGAAAAACUGAAAAAAGAUGACAAACGAACAGAACAGAUGAAGAAAGGAAAGCAGAAUGUUGAAAUAGUUGAACAUAGUGAAGAAGUUACCGCCGUUGCGGGAGACAAUCCUCCAAUUGUAUCUAUGUAA